AUGCGGGUGUUUGGGAACGGGACCAUUUUCAACUGGGGCCCGCUGAUUGCCAUUGGACUCAUCAGCUUCAUUUCCUACGCCACCGUUCUGGUUCAUCCCGUGACGGUGCUCUUUCCCGGUGCCUGGCUCCUCUUUCUGGCCUGGGCACUCGUGGUCGUGGCCAUUGUCAUAUCAUUCCUGGCAAGCAUUUACGUUGGUCCGGGCUAUGUCAAGCUCAAAUGGGAACCGCCAAACCCAGAUAAUUUGAAGAAGGUCCAGUGGUGCAAGCAUUGCCAUGGCUACAAGGCGCCACGCUCCCAUCAUUGCAAGGACUGCGGUCGCUGCGUCAAGAUGCUGGACCACCACUGUCCUUGGAUCAACAAUUGCGUGGGCAAUGACAACAAGGUCUACUUUAUUGCCUUCACCACCUCGGUACCCAUUGGCUGCCUUUAUUCGGCAUCCGUGCUAGGCACCUUUCUGUGGCGCUAUUGGCCAUUGCUGCUGCGCUCGCGCCGCAACAUGCCCUCACGCGAGUUUCUCGAUUCUUUGCCACGCAUCGUUUUUGCCAACCAAGGGCUCUUCAAUGGCGGUGUUCAGUGUCACUCUGUCAUCAAGAACAAGACAGGGAUUGAAAACUGGAUUCUGAAAAAGGCACGCCACCGUCGUGGAGCCGAUAAUCCCUUCAAGUAUCCAUUUGACAUGGGCUGGUGGCAAAACAUCAAAAACGCGGUCGACCAGAGCCUGAACGGCGAUGGCAUUCACUGGCCUGUGCUAGACGGAACGAGCCCAUAUGAUCUUACGGCAGAGCAGGUCGCUCAGAAAGCUGUCAAGCACAACAGCCGCAGCACCAUGCGUGGCGAACAGGACACCGGCUUUUUGGCCUGGCGUGCCGGAUUCAUGACGAUGUUGCGCUGUCCGUGGGAAUCCCACAUCCGCGUGCGGCCUGGAGCCACGUAUCAAGUUUGGCGAGGCAAUUCUUUGUGGUGGUAUGGUGAGGCGGUGGAGGUGCUGGAUAAUGGUGUGUGCACAAGCAGCACCCCGCUGGAGCGUGGGUGGUUUCCCAAGACGGCCGUGUCGGAGGCAGAGCAACAGUUGCGCUACGUGGAAGAUCGGGAUGCUCAAUUGACUUGCUACAGGCAGACAUCGACAAGUUUAACAAUGAAAAGCAAGAAGAGAGAGGGAAAGAAAAAUUAA